AUGAUGCCUUCCACCUCAAAGUCCGGACGCUCGCGCUUCUCGAGCCCGCUGCACCUCUCGAGCUCUCCCUCAAGCCACAACAAGGGCGUCACCACCGAAGGACAAAGGAAGUUUCUGCAGCGCUGGCUGGAACCCCCGGUGCAGGUCAAGCCCAGCUAUCAGGAGGCGGGACUGGUGCGCUCGGGCGUGGUCGAGAACAUGGCACCCUUGGGAACGCUGCCGAAAGCUGUCAAGAGACAGCCAGGGACGCCGAGCGAGGGAACACCGGCUCCUGCGGUGAGGCGGAUUGUUGUCAAGAAGUCGGCUACGAGGGUGACGCCUGUCGAGGCUGAGGAGGGCAUGCCCUAUCUUGCCGCAGCCUCAGAGUCGCCAGGCAGGGAGCUGAUGUCCUCCCCGACGCGUCCGGUUUUCCCUGUGAAUGGACUGGACGACGACGAGGAUGAGGAUUACACGCCCAUGCCAAAGAAGCCUGCAAAGGGUCGUCGCUCGUCACUUGCUGGGAGUGCCAGUGGGAGCGCGCGUCCUGUCCGCGCUGGUCGCCGCAGCACCGCAGCCCGCCAAAAAAGCCCUUCACCCUCCCCCACCAUCACCACCACAACAAACGACAACACGAACACGAGUAAUAUUCACAACUUGGAAUUACCCGUACCUGCACGGGCAUCUACUCCCACACCCACUCCCGCACGCGCUCCCGCACCCUCACGGCAGGAACCACGCUCUCGCACCAUGCCCAAGUUCAAGGCACCCCUCUCGUGCCAGAGAGAGCCCGACGACCCCGAGCUGGUUGAUCGGGCCGUGGAAGCUUCUGUUGACGAGGCCCUUCGUCACUUUCGCUACCCUACUGCUUGGGCCCUGAGGCUCCUCUACGAUGAGAACUCAUCUAACCCGCACUUUGUCUCGAUGAUCGAGGACAUAUUCAAUCAGAGAGCAGAUGAUGAGGCGCUGCACGAGUUUAGUAGGCUCGUCUCGGCCCGAAAACGUGAGGGCAAGGUCGAGGACAAAGGCUACGAAUACUUUGUUCCCCCCACCACCAAUGCUCGUCAGAGUCCCUACCAGCCCAGGCCUGCGCCGUACGCGGAUCUGCUCACUAUGGACCUCACUCCUGCCAAGGACCGGGGCGAAGACGUCGACCAGCACGUGGCCAAGAGGCAGAGGCUGGAGGACAACAACCAGACGCCCACCCCGACAGGUCCUGCCGAGGGCAGCGGCGCAGGCGCAAACGGCAUCAGCGGCAUGAACGGCACGGGCAGCGGCGCCGGCACGGACGGGCUCAAGGUGCAGCGAUCGCCGCACAAGUCACCUCACAAGUCACCUCACAAGUCACCGCACAAGCCGGCCCACAAGUCGCCUCACAAAUCACCGCACAAGUCCCCUGGCAAAGGCAAGGGGCGACGACGGCACGGAUCGGUCAGCAGCGACUCGUCACUCUCUAGCGUGCCUGACGACGUCCUAGAUGACUACGAUGAAUUUAUGGACCAGGAGCUGGGCGUUUCGCGCCCUAGUACUGCCGAGCCAAAUAAUGCGCCAACCCCGGCCCCCUCGUUCCAGCCAAUCAACGCCCGCCAGAAGAAACCCGCGUCCAAAAAGAAGAAUGCGUCGCCCAAACCUGGCUCAUCCCAGAACACCACCACCCAUCCUUUGCCCGCGCAGGACCCGGACAUGCCAGCCGCCAUCGCGGUCAACGGCGCAUCUCAUCAACGCAACAGCCACACGCCAUCGGCGUCAUCCAAGUCGGCCGGCCAGUCUGCUGCUGACUUCGCCAGCCUCGACAGUCUCAUUGAGAGAAAGGCAAGAGCCCGCCUCGAGACGCAGCGCAAGACCAAGGGGCACGUUGUCGAGAGUUUCAGUCGUGAUCCUCUCGGUUCGGACCCGCUGGACGACGAGGUGCCGACCCUGGCGCCCGUCGAGUCAGCCCGUUCUACUCGGACCCCGGCGCCGCCUUUGUCCCUGCGAGCAGCCAGGGCGGCGAAGCGGAAUAAUGAAAAUGUGGAUGAGUCCGUCUCGCCCACGACCGCGUCCCUCAGGGCAGACUUUGAGCCACCCUCCUCUGCACGCAGCUCGAGGGCGGCGACGCCAUCGAACCUGCGUGCGACAAAGAAGCCGCGGACCGGCUUGCGUGUCAAGACCUCGCCGAUGAAGAAGAAGGGGACAUCUGCGGGAAUUCCUCGUCCUAGCGGAGAGCGUCCCAGCCCUGUGUUCAACGGGACUUCACAUGACAAGGACGAUAAUGACGAUUCUUGCUAUACCUGCGGCGGUAGCGGUGAGCUCGUUUGCUGCGAUGGAUGCAAUUACUCGUUCCAUUUUCUCUGCAUCGAUCCUCCUAUGGACGAGAAUGUCAUGCCAGAUGACUGGUUCUGCAAUGAAUGCAUGCACAAGUACUUCCCGGCCACGUUCACAGGCCACAGAGGUGCGUUUGGAACAUUGCUAGAUGCCCUCGACAAGAAGAAUCCUCGAGCCUUCCGCUUGCCGGUGAACAUACGCGAGCACUUUGAGGGCGUGAAGACUGGCCCAGAGGGUGAGUACGAGGAGACGACCAGCACAAAACCCAAGGCCAACAAGAAGGGCUAUGAGGAGACGUUUGACUUCUUCAAGGUCCGCAGUACCGAGGGCAAUGCUGUGCUCUGCUUCAAAUGCCACCAAGGCGUCACUUCCAGCAGGCCGAUUAUUCCCUGUUCCGUCUGUGGGCUGAACUGGCAUCUGGAGUGCUUAGACCCGCCCUUGGCAGUGCCUCCCGUUCUUCGCAACUGGCGGUGUCCCUGUCACGUUGAGGAUGCCUUCAUGGCCAACCUCGCUCCUGCGCACAAGUACCGCAAGGUCAAGAAUGCGCCGAUUAUCGAGCAGGCGUAUAGCCGUGGUAUGGCUAACAACGGCUGGAUCGAGAUCGAAGAGGAUGACGAGGAGGAGGAUGCAUCAGAGAACACGCAUAUGACCCGCAAGGAUUUUGGCCGUGUCUACAGGCUGCCCGAGAAGGGCAUCAAGCUGGACUUCAUCUCUCGUGUGCACCAGGAUCGAGCCAGAGCAGCACAGUCCCGCUCUUCCAACCCCGCUUUGUCGGUUGUACCUCGUGUCCACACCAUCGAGGAGCAACAGGCCGCCCUCAACCUGUCUUCCCUCGCUGGCAGCGGUAACGGCGUCAACCAGCUGGUUGGAGCUCUGAUCUCGGAAGCCACGCCAGCCGCUCUCUCGCUGAUGGCCCGAGGCGAUGCCACACGCAUAGCUGGUGGCGACCUGACUCAGCUUGACUCCGCCUCGCUCGAGGCCAUGCUCUCUCAGGCCGAAACGCUUCGUGCAGGUAUUGCCAAGAUUCUCCAGGGCCGGGAAGCCGGACCUACACCCCAACGUACGCCCAUGAAAGACGAGGCCGAAGACUCCGCUAUGCAGAUGGACUGA